AUGUUGCCAAAAUUACUAAUCUUAUUUGGUUUAAUUAGUAUUAUUGACAGAAUUGAUAACCAGCAUGGCAAAUUUAUUGUUCAAGGAAAAAAUGAUUCACAGAAAAGUGAAGAAAAUGAUGAGAAAUAUGUGAAAUCCCUUAUUCAAAAAUUGCCAGCAAUGUUGGCUUUUGGUGAGAACCAAGCUGUAGAUAGACAAACCAAUCCGGAAAAUGCAACCAGAGUGGAACUAUAUGACCCAUCUAAUUUGCGAAAUAUAUUCAAGGCAGUAUCACUAUUGGCAUACUUACACUCAAUGUCACUAGCUAAUCGCUCUCAAGCAAACACACGACAAAAUGAUGAAGGCUACAAUAAAGAAGACGGAUUGAUACAUAUUAGAAAUGAAAUUGCAAAAUUUCAGAAGAAAAAUAAUAUCAUGAAUGAUCAGCUUAAUAGCAGUAAAAAACAACAUUUAAAUGCGGAAAAUAUUUCGGAAAUCAAUAAUUUCACUUUGGAAUUGAAAAAAUUGAUUGAAGAGACCAGUGAUGCUGUUCGUCGAAAUCCACGAUACAGUCACCUAAUCGAUCCACUCUCUCUGACUUAUGCACAAAAUGAAUUCGAGGAUGGGAUGAAUUCUAACCUCAGAGAUGAAAUUAAAAAAGAGCUGAAAACAAAUGAAACGAUGAAUAUAGGAAAUUCUUCUGAAUUCGAUAAUAAUUCAGAUUUUAGAACAGCACAAAAAUCAAUGAUUAAGAGUAGACAAGGAAGAGAAGCAGAAGUUAUACGAAAGAAGACUGUUGUGAAGACAACACUAAACACAACAAUGGAUGGCGCAAAUAUUAAAGGACAGUUAACUGGAAAUUUUUCAAAUGAAACGAUGAGUAUAAUAAAUUAUUUCGCUAAUGGUACAUAUUUCAGAAAAAUAAUAAAGAAGAAAAAGAAAAUUAUACAGGAAAAACAACCAGUAAUUACAGAGAAGAAGGUGACUGCAAUGAACAAACAGCCAGAUUCAUUAAGCACAUCAGCAAAAGAUAACAAUCUUGCAACAAGCACAUCUGAUGAACAAAUAACUGAAAAUACUGUAGAUGAAACGACAAGUGGAGGAAAUCAUUCUGAAUUCUCCAAUGGCUCACCUCAAGAUGAAGGAUAUCGUGUAACUCAACCAAAAGGAAUAGAUUCUGAUCAAUCCGACAGCGAUGUUGUUCCGGAAAGAAAAGAUGCGAUUGACAAGAAAUCGGAUUUGAAAAUACAAGAAUCUCAUAUUGAAGCCGAUUAUAGUGAUAACGAUGAUGUAGUUGAUGAUGACUCUGCUGAUCGGAAUGAUAUUAGAGAAGUAUCAAUUCUAUCAAAUGGCCAGAAAGAAAAGAUUAUUUAUGCAUCAAAACCUGUUGAACAAGAAGAGGAAUCAGAAAUAUCUGAAUCUGAUCCCCAGAAGAAUGUUAUAAAGGCAGAUUUCAAGAAAGUGAAAUCUUCGGCUGAAGUUAAUGAGUCAGGAUAUGCGUAUGAUGAGGACAACCCUGUGGAGUUCAAAAAGAUUAUAAUUGAUAUUACUCCAUCGACAAAAGCAGUUGGUAUACUAUCCAGAUUCCAUCCCAUCCUGAUUUUCCUAUUGCUGAAAGGCUUGCUGGCAUUAUUCUAA